AUGAAUAUGUUGGAUGAUGAAGAUGACCAAAGCUUUCACGCUACGCGUGACGGCUACUCCCAUUUGAGCGAUGUCGAAUGGGAUGCGGUUGAACGAAUGGGUUCGACCAUGGGCAUCCAUGCUGUUAGCGUCAUGCUAGAGGCUCUCAAUAGAGAUGCCCAACAUGCUACUAUCGCCAAGUUCAUUCAAAAUGAACUUGACGCUGAACACGACAAAGUAGCCUUGCUUCACCAACAAGGUUCUCAUCAAGCAGAGUUGUUGAGAGAACAGGGUGCUCAACAGUUUGAACUGUUGAGACAGCAGCAGGCUGCUGCUGGUGGGUCGAUGCACUCGCGUCGACCCAAAACCUUGAAGAUUGGCAUCUCCAAGUAUAGGGGAGUCGAAGAGGGCUCCCUCUUGAGAUGGUUCGUCGAGAUGGAUGACGCCAUAAGGGCGCGUCGCAUCGACGACGGGGAUAUGUAA